AUGGACCCGGAUGUUGAUGCCACACGGAUACCCUCACCCCUGUCGCCUUUUGGUUUUGACUCAGGACAUUUUAUGUGGGUCUGGCGCACUCUCUUCAAGGUCCUUAACUCUGGGCUCCUGGUGAAGAAGCUUCUGCCUAACCUGAAAAAGAGCAGAAAGGACUUGGUGACCUUCCCUGACGUGGCUGUGAGCUUCUCUCCAGAGGAGUGGCCAUGUCUAGAUGGCUCUCAGAGGAAUCUCUACAGAGAUGUGAUGCUGGAGACAUACGAGCACCUGCAAGCAGUAGGGUAUUAUGGGGUGAAGCCUUUGCUGAUCUCCUGGUUGGAAGCAGGAGACCUGGGGAGGCUGCGGAGAGUCAUGUUUACAGAACCAAAGCCAGAAAUCCAUCCAUGUCCCUUCUGUUCUCUGGCCUUCUCCAUUCAGAACUUGCUCAAUCAUCACAUAAAAUGUAGUCAUCGCUCUUGGAUCCUCCCAGGAACAUCUGCAAGAAAGCACCCUCAAAAAGAGAAUUCCUGUCCACAUGAUCAGAGCCAUUGGCAGCAACCUUCAGUUCCACAUAAUGACAAGCCAACGAAUGACAUACUUGAGAGUCAAAAGCCCAAAGAAAUCUCCAUACCAUUGGCUAAGAAAAUAAGGCAUAGAAGAAUUUCAACAGCCUUUUCUAGACUAUUUCACAGUCAAAUAGGGAACUGUAAUAAGCAUGAGAUGCCAAUGGAGGAAGAAACUAACACAGGCCAGAAAGAAAACCCAAAAGACACAGGUGGAAUAGUUGCAGGAAUAGAAAUGCCAAGACCUUUAAGAACAAAGUAUGUAAGGACUGGUCAAGGCUUCAGUGACAUAUCAAAUCUCAUCACACACCAUAGGACUCACAGAGGGGAAAAUUGCCAUGUUUGCAAGGAGUGUGGGCGAGGCUUCAGUCUGAGGUCACAUCUCAUUACACACCAGAGGAUACACACAGUUGAGAAACCCUAUACUUGCAGAGACUGUGGGCGAGGCUUCAGUCGGAGGUCACAUCUCAUCACACACCGGAGGACACACACAGGAGAGAAGCCCCAUGUUUGCCAGGUAUGUGGGAGGGGCUUCAUUCAGAAGUCUAAUCUCUCCACACACCAGAGGACACACACAGGGGAGAAGCCCCAUGUUUGCAUGGAGUGUGGCCGAUGCUUCAGUCAUAGGUCAAGUCUCAUCACACACCAGAGGACUCACACAGGGGAAAAGCCUUUUGUUUGCACUGAGUGUGGCCAGUGUUUCAGUCAUAGGACAGGCCUCAUCACACACCAGAGGACACACACAGGGGAGAAGCCCCAUGUUUGCAAGGAGUGUUGGCGAGGCUUCAGAGAAAGGUCAGAUCUCAUCAGACACCUUAGGAUACACACAGGGGAGAAGCCCCAUGUUUGCCAGGAAUGUGGGCGAGGCUUCAGUCAGAGGUCAAGUCUCACCACACACCAGAGGACACAUACAGGGGAGAAGGGCCAUGUUUGCCAGGAAUGUGGGCGAGGCUUCAGUGUUAGGUCACAACUCACCAUACACCAGAGGACACACACAGGGGAGAAGCCCCAUGUUUGCCGGGAAUGUGGGCGAGGCUUCAGUCAGAGGGCAAGUCUCAUCAGACACCAGAGGACACACACUGGUUAGACGCACUAUGUUUGAAACAGCAGUAAUCAAUUAGCAGUAAAUAAAGUCUCAGCAUCUGUUGAGAACAAAUGUAGCCAC